UUUCCAGCGGGGACCGACGGAAAAGCUCAAAAAUCUGUUGCCCAAUCGAACGCUUUGCAGGUCUUCGCAAAUUCAGUCCCGCUCUCCAUUUUCGAUCGCUGCCCUUCUUUUGCCCUCUUCUUCUUCUUCUUCUUCUUCUUCUUCUAGGGUUUCCGUCUCCUACCUCUCGAACCACCGUCGUCCGCUUCGAUUGGGCGAUCUCACCGCGGGCGCUGAUGGAUUGGGGCACGGUGACGGCGGAGGAUCUGGUGGACGCGCUUCGCGAGGUCGACUGGUCGUCCCCGCCCCGCCCCUUCCCUGAAUUCUUCUCCAGAUUCACCGUCCCCAGAUCGUACGCCAAGUGGAGCAGCCGCCUCAAGUGCAAUCUCUACUACUAUCGGACCAACUACUUCAUCAUGAUCAUGGUUAUUCUAGGAUUGGGAUUUCUUAGGAGGCCUCUUGCCAUAGUUGCUGCUCUUUUAACAGCUCUCAGUACUGCAUGUCUAAAUGACAGCUUUGCAGGCACUUUCAGCGAUAAGAUAACAAGGACUGUGAGGCAGUUAUCACCACAUUUUGCUGCCAAAUUGAGGCCCUCACCUAUACCCAUCAUGCGUGGACGUCCAUCAGCAAAAAGAUCAAUCCAUAUCUGUGGCCAGCCUCGCUGGGUGUUUGUUUCGAUAUUUGCCUCUGUGAGUCUCAUGCUUUGGUAUGUUUCCUGUGGAAUCUUGACUGUCGUCUGGGCUUUUGCCAUCGGACUCCUUGCCACUGUUCUUCAUGCAAGUUUCAGAACACCAAAUCUGAAAGCACGCCUAAAUACAUUUCGUGAAGAGUUUCGUGCAGUUUGGCGCAAUUACAGCGACCUUUAAUGAAGCAGAGUAACUGGGAAAUGGGUUGCUGAUUUUUCUGUAUCUUCCACCAAGCCAGUCUGGUAAUAGGUUUUUACACCAAGCUGGUGACCUGCUGAGAUGGCACCUACUGCUCUUAUGAUACCUUUAGGUUGCUGGAGUCUGGAAUUGUCAGGUGAAGGCUGUUGAUUCUAGCUGAUAAUGGAAGGGAUGUAAAUUGUUCGAACUUUGUCCUGUAAAGAAAACUAGCCCUCUAGCAUAAUUAUCAGAGAAUUCAAUAAUGAACAGAAUUCAUUGUUAGAGAUCUCGCAGACUUGAUAUGGUAAUGGAAACCCGGUUCAUGAA